AUGGGUCUCUUAUCCUCGUUUGCCUCACCCAAAAACGUCCAAGUCUACGCCCUUCCAACGGGGUGGGUACAUUUGCCCGACAAAUGGCUGUUCGAAGACGGCGAUGAUGAUAUUAUGAAAGCACGAAGCCGCUUUCCUGACUAUAGCUUCCUCAUAUGCCAUCCAUCGGGAAAGAAUAUUCUGUUUGAUGCUGGCAUGCCAAAGAAUCUAGAUGUCAUUCCGCCACUCAAUCGAUCCAUCGAUCACAUCUUUGAGCCCCAAGUCCCCAAAGAUGCGCGCGAUCUGCUUUCCGAGGGUCCAAUCGCGCCAGACUCCCUAAGUGCCAUCGUACUUAGCCACAUUCACUUUGACCACAUUGGCGACCCUUCGACAUUUCCCGAUAUUCCUUACAUCACAGGGCCCGGAACAAAAGAGGCUGCAUUGCCAGCGUAUCCCACUAACCCGAAUUCCACGAUGCUGGGCUCGCUCCUGGAUCGUGACAACUACACGGAGUUGAGCUGGACGAAGGACAAAUGGACUUCCCUGGGCCCUUUCUCACACGUUCACGACUUCUUCGGCGACGGUAGCUUCUUUAUUGUUGACACUCCAGGCCAUCUCCCUGGUCAUGUCAUUGGAUUGGCUCAAACAAAGCCCGAUGAAUGGGUUAUCUUGGGUGGUGAUUGUUGUCAUCAUCGCGCUCUGCUCAAUGGCAGCCGUCAAGUGAGCCUUACAGGAUGCCCUGGCGGAACCAGCAUGCAUAAAGACACAGCUGUGGCGCUCAAGUCCAUUGAGAAGCUCAGGAAGCUAGAUCAGGACGAGACUGUAUUCGUGGCGCUUUCUCACGAUGCGAGUCUGGAGGGGAAGAUGCCUGAGUAUCCCGAGUCCUUGAACGGGUGGCGGGAGUCUGCAUGGUGGGGUGCAAUGCGUCAGGAGAGAUUGCAACCAACAGCCGCGUGA